UCUCUAGAAGUUGAAUCCACAAACCAUCCCCUUGCAGAAUUCACACCGUUAUAAUUAUUAUUAUUAUUUUCUCUUUCUUGAACCCACACGAAUAUUCUUGAAAAUAACUACUGUUCUCCGAUCCAAUUUUUCGUCCAUAAAAAUUAGAAUAUAUAAAUAUAUAUUUCGACUGUAGUGUACUACUCAUAUAUAGAUCUGAUCUGAUCUGAUCUUCUUCUUCUUCUUCUUCUUCAUAUGUUGUAAUUAAGUAUGAACAAAAGGCAGGCAGCAAGAAUCCAAAAGCUAAGCUAGUGUAUUAGGUCAGGUCAUGACUUCUUGCAUCGGAAUGGAUUUCUUCCCCACCAAUUUUAUGCUUCAAACCCCUCAUCAUGAUCCCAAUGAUCAUCAUCAUCAUCAACCCUCCACCGCUCUCUCUCCCCUCUUUCCUUCAUGCACUAUUCCUCCUCCUCCUCAGAACUUCCAUGGAGUAGUGGGUGGGAGUUCAUUUCUUGGUGGGAAGAGAUCAAUGAAGUGUUGUGAAGAGGCAUUGUCACAUGGAGAUGUGCAGGAAGAGGUGUCAGAUGAGGAAGAAGGGUCAGUGCAGGCAGGAGAGAACAACAAGAAAAGGAGACUGAACACGGAACAAGUGAAGGCUCUGGAGAAGAGCUUCGAGGUGGGAAACAAGCUGGAACCAGAGAGGAAAAUGCAGCUGGCUAGAGCUCUGGGUUUGCAGCCAAGACAGAUCGCGAUUUGGUUCCAGAACAGGCGAGCUCGGUGGAAGACUAAGCAGCUGGAAAGGGACUAUGAAUCCCUCAAGAGACAGUUCGACGCUGUCAAGGCUGAAAAUGAUGCUCUUCUUGCUCAUAAUCAAAAGCUUCAUGCCCAGAUAAUGGGAGUGAAGAAUAGUAGGUGUAGGGAUAGCAUUCAACCCACAGAAUCCAUAAAUCUGAACAAAGAGACAGAAGGUUCAUGCAGUAACAGUAGAAGUGAGAACAGUUGUGCAGAAAUAAUGAAGCUAGACAUUAUCUCAAGGAGCACAGCUGCCAUUGAUAGCCAUCCAACAACUACUACUACUACUACAACAUCAUCUCUGUUCCCAGCUGCAGGGAUAUCAAUGCCCCAUCUCUUUCACAAUAAUAAUUCUUCAUCAUCGUCAAGACACUCGGAUCUUAUCCAUCAUUGCCUCAAAAUGGACCCAACUGUGAAGGAAGAGAGCCUAUCCAACAUGUUCUGUGGGGGAGAUGAUCACUCUGGAUUCUGGCCCUGGUUGGAUCAACACCAUUUCAAUUGAUCUUCAUUUCUGUAUGUGGAUCAUAUCAUAUCAUAUCCACUACGUACUUAUGUUACGUUGUGAUCAGAUAUAUUUUACUACAUAUAUAUAAAAGAUUUAUUUGGGGUUUGAGGUUCUUUCUUUUAAUUUGGUUGGUGCCUAUCCUAGCUAGCUAGGAAGGAAGCUUAGUUGAUUAAUUUCUGUAUAAACUUAAGUUAGUAGCAAGAACACUAUAUACUUUGUUUUUCUUUUUUUUCUUUUUUUGUGAAGUUAUGAAAUUUUACGAUCAAUAUAUAUGCUUAA